AUGCGCUCGCUUUGCACGACCUUGCCUGGGCAGCCAAAGCUAUCCGCCAGGCCGGUUGCAGCUAGCAUCUUCAUCGACACAGGAGGAAGUUUGAUACCACUGGGCCGGUGGAAGUCACCUGCUGCUUGGUUGUCUGACAUCUAUGAGCCCGUGGAUCCCGAAACAGCACAUGGCUUUGGAACGUUGCCACUCCGUACCUGGCGUCGGGCUUUAUCCAAGCGUCCACGUGAUGCCAGAGCCGAUGAGGGUGGCCUUAAUGCGCUUUUCCAACGCGGCUUCUCAGGAGCACUUCAUCUUGGAGCGAUCAAAAUGCCCUUGAGACCUUUGAGGCCAAACUUUGUACCUAGCGGCCCUAGCAUACCUAGCGGCCUGAUACAGGUCGCUCUCUUGAAUGAUGGAGAAGUGCCAUGGGCGGCAGGUGCGAAGCUUUGCAACAUCCAGAGCAAUGCUUCGCAACAUGUCACAGCUACUUGCUUGAUCAAGGGGCAAGUGAGUGAGUCUUGUUCAGACUUGCCAGUUGGAGGGAUGGUCCACCUUUUCAUCAAGGUUCCUUUGUAUGUGAGCCAUUUGGCUGUGAAGGCUGCCUGGUACCAGAGCAGGUUUUCUCUCUGUGAUGCUGCAAAUCAGCCUUUCGGGAGCAAUACCCUUUGCAGCCCCAAAGUCAUGUACCAGUCAACUCUUGAUCUUGUGGCCUACUUGACAAGAAGUCGUCAAUCUGAGAAGGGCGUACUCUUUGAAAAAGAAAACGGCACGCUUGAACAGCAGAGGGAGAUGCUUCAUGGUGAUUUGGCGUCCUCCGUUGGUGCAGAGUUGCUGCUGCUAGCACUUGCAUCAGGUGCUGCUGAGCCCGUGGACAACCGCAGAGCCUCUGAGACAGGUUCAGAGGACGACUUUACCGGGCUUGAUGAUGGCACAGAUGUAGAUACUGGCGAUAUCCGCACCACGACUUUCCAACUGAGCUCUACAGUCCAAAACCAGAACACCACCGUCACCACAGUCACUACCACUGUGACCACCAGAUUUUCCUGCCCUGUACCAUCCGCCUUGGACAGAAGUGGACUCCUGGAGUACACAAGCUGCAUCAAGAGCAACUGCGAGGAGAUGGACAGCAGCGUUUUGCAAGAGGCUUCCAGAGGCCUCAUCACAAAUUGCUUCCUUCUUCUUGAAGCAGCAGGUGGAUGCGCAGGAGAUGCUUCAAUAGAGGUGCCUGACUUGAGAAACCUCGGCAAGAGAUUCGAAGUUGGAGAUCUUUGUGGACGUUUGUGCCCUUCGCAUUGCCAAGAUCCUGAUCAAGCAAGUGAAACAACUAGCUCGCACAGGUCAAUCACUACGUCAGAGACUCCAUCUGGCAUUUUUGAGGAGGAGGACGAGGAUGGGCUUGAUGAACAGGAUUCAAGCACGUCUCAGCCUCCAGAAACGACUCCCACAACAACGCUAGAUCUUGUUGCUUCUGCUGGGCGCCUGCGGGUCUUAAUCAGCAGUCUCACCUUUCGUAUCUCCAACCCGGAGGGAUUUGGCAAGCAGACCGGAAUCAGGAAAGCUCUAAGGGACGGUAUUGCUGCGUCUCUCGUGGUCAGUCCAGCCCAGGUCGUCAUUCUAGACGUGGAGGUCCCAAGUGCAGAAGGCAAAGCCACUUCAGCACAGGUCAAUGGCAAUCUUCGGAGGUUGCAAGUUCAAGGGAAUGGCAUAAGGGUGCCUUUUGAGAUUCUCAACGCACCGCACUUCCUGGACGCAAGCUUAUUGCUUGACAAAUCCACGACAGAUGCGAUGGAGGUCCAUUUGAAGCUGCUUUUUGAAACAGUUGGUGUCAUGGGUACUAUCUCCGACCUACAACUUGAGGAACCACAGAUUCUCUUCAGAGAGGUGACGAAAAAGGAAACAACAGUUGAUGAGUGGUUCUUUACAUACCCUGUUGACACAAAAAUUGGCAGCCAGAUGGAACCAUUGGAGCCAGGCAUAACAAACAGUGGAACAGGCCGACCGUCUGCAACAGCAGCGUUGUUGGCAGGAUUUUUUGGACUGUGCACCAUUGGUGUGAAUCUUGGACCUUGA